AUGGACAUGAAUCAAACAAUAGCCUGGAGUUUUCCAACCAAAUUCUUUCUCAAAAAGCUUUCUUUGAGUGAUAAACAAAUACAACAGGAGCUGGAUAAAUAUUGAUGAUGUACUCCUCUCUUGCAUAAGUAAAGAGCUAAAUCCACAAUAUCAUGAUCUUCAAAGGAAAGCAAAGAAUUAAAAUCAAUAGUCUCAAUUAUUCCUUCUAUAUCUAAAAUAGCUCCUGUGAAACAACCAGAAAGGAAGGCAAACCUUCCUAAUUUCGAAGAAAAUUUAACAAAGAUUCUUCAAUCAAUUUUGAAUGGAAACGAGCUAGUAUUUGAAGGGAGAGAUAAAACUAACAGAGGACUGCAUAAAGGAAGAUCCCAGAGAAGACCCAAGUACAUUGGAGUGUUAACAAACAACCAAAGAUGGCAGUCUCUUACCAAUGUUGGCCACACAAAAAGAUACAUUGGUACUUUCUGAGCUGAAGAACAAGCUGCUCUUUUUCAUGAUUUUUAUUCUAUAGGAAUGCAUCUACAAGAAUCAAAAACAAACUUUUCAUACACUGC